GUAAACAAAUUUGGAUAGCGGGAUUACUCAAUGUUUCACGUUUCCAAUCACAUCAAGUACAUACAGCAUUGUAUCAUUAUGAGAAUCUUGAUGACGUAAACUUCAGACGUAUAAAGAAAUAUGAACGUACCAACAUUCAUAAAGACAGAGUGGUGGGGGCAUGGAAGAGCCAUUUUAAGAUUCUCUGCAACUGAAGCAAGUAGAGAAAAUGCAGAGGCAACAUCACAGGAUAAGGGAGGCGGUAUCAUUGAAUGCUAUGUGUCUUCUUUAAUAAUCAGUGAAUAUACAAAGAAAGGCCCAAAAAAGGAUGCUGAACAAGAUGAAGAAAGACCCUGUGGUGAAGCUGUUGAAGAAGUGAAGACUGAAACAUAUCCUCCAGAUGUACCUAUAGAGAUAUGGCAAGACUGGUUGAUUCACUGGGAAGCAUGGAAGGAAGUGUACAUCUCACUCUCAUGGGUGCACAAAUAUAAAAAACUCUGUAAACCAGAUUAUAUUGAGUGGUAUGACUCAUAUAUAGAAAAUUACCCUGAUGUUUUACCCUUGAUUAUAGAGGGCCUUGGAGAGGUAACAGAAGACCUGGAGUUUUUACAUAAUUGCCCCCAAGAACAAGAGGAUUCAGCUAUGGAAAUAGAAGCACAGACACAAGAAGGAAAUGAAAGCAAAACUGAUUUCAGUAACAGUGACAAAUCUAACUCUAAUCUAAAAACAAAUGAGGGGGAAGAAAAAAAGAAGUUAGAUGCUCUUUAUGACAAACAUUCAGAAGAAAGAUACUGGAUACAUUUGAGGAGGUUCUUGUUGCUGAGUGGUAUUACCAAAACAGACAAACUUGAAGAAUAUUUCAAUAGAUCUGCAAACCUCAAAUAUUCUGACACUGAAAAUUACAGUACAAAUAUGGGUGCUUUGGAGGAAGAAUCCUGCUAUAAUACAUCUGAAAAUAGUUCUGCAUUGCCUACGACAGACAACAAUCCAAAAACUGUAGAUACUUCUCCAAUGUACACCAAUGAAGGAGGCUUUUCUUCAAACAAAAACACAAGGAAGGCAUCUAGAAAAUCAUAUGAUGAUUCUUAUGAAUGUGAAGAGCAUGUAGAGAAGAAAUUUAAAAGUGCUGGUGAAGAACAACAGAUUACAAAUAAUGAAGAAAAUGAAAAUGAGUGUAUUCUCCAAACAAAGGUACUGGAACAAGAACGAUCAGAUGUUACUUUUGACAUGGAUGAUGUAUCACAAGUAAAGAGUAUCGAAUGCAAGAGAGGGAAAAAAAAGAAGCCAAAAAGAGCUGGGCUAAGUAAUACAUCAGGGUUAGCAUGGACCUUACAGAUUCUUCAGGAGCAUAGUGUUGGCACCAAUAAUGCAGAUGGAAAUGAAACACAUAUAGAGAACCUGAAACAUCCUGAAACUCAAGUUGAUUUACCAAUAGACAGCUCUGGUACUGGUUUGAAUGACAAAUUUAACAAGAACAUAUUUCCUGUUAUUUCCUCAAGUUUGGAUGAGAAAAAUCCUAAAGCAGAGGUCUCUCCAGUAAAUGAAGAAGCUACUAGUACUAAACCUAAUAACUGUAAAGACAGUACCAUUGACAAUACUUCAAGUCUGGGGGAAUAUAACAGUGAUAUUCAAACUUUACAAGAUUCAGAACAGAUGGUAACAAGCAGUGAGGAUAAUAAAAAUGAGAUGGAAAAGCAGAAAAGUGAAGAGUUUGAUGGUUCAAAAACACCUGGUUUGCUGAAAAAGAUUGUUGGUACCUUUUUGAUGCAUGGCGUAAAAAUUCUGUAUCCAGUCAUUGCAGAUCCACUAUAUGGAAUGAUAAGACUGAUACUACCAUUUCAACCUUCACAACCUUCAGUUAGGGACAUUGCACCUGACUUGAAUUCCCAAGACUUAAGAAAAAAAUGGUACCCAAGAAGAAUCUUUAAUAUGGCCCAAAAGAAAUUCUCAAUGUGGUUAAAGCCUGUUGCCUUCGCUCGUAUGGCUGGCUAUGGGUUUAAGGAUUUACAUUUAGAAGAAUUUGAAGAAUAUGAAGAACUAAGAGAGUCGCAAGCUGUAUAUCAAAAAGUGGAAGAAAAAGGACCAGGAGAUCUGCAUCUUCUUACUCUGAAUUUAUAUGAUAUAGCAGCAGAGUCAAAGAAUAUGACUGAAGAACCAUCAAAGAGAACUCAUAUAACUUUUGAUGAGGAUGGAAAUCCAAACAUUGAUGAAACCAUUAGCACUUCUGUAUACAUGCCAGCAGAUAUGGAAUAUAAUUGUACUGAGGAGGAAAUAUGGGAUCAGCUGACACAAGAACAUACCCGGAUUAUGUACAAAGUCGUAGCUAUCAGUCCAUCAGAUGUACCAGAAGCUGUGCAUAAAUACUGGGUUCAGAGAUAUCGUUUGUUCCUGAAAUAUGACAAGGGAAUUAAAUUAGAUACAGAAUCAUGGUUUUCUGUAACUCCAGAAACAAUUGCUAUCCAUCAUGCAUACCGAUGCAGGUGUGAUGUGGUUGUAGAUGCCUUUUGUGGUGCUGGUGGAAAUGCCAUUCAAUUGGCAGCAACAUGUAACCAUGUUAUUGCAAUUGAUAUAGAUCCCGAGAAAAUUGCAAUGGCAUAUCACAAUGCAUCAGUUUAUGGUGUAGAACACCGAAUAGAAUUCAUUGUAGGAGACUUCUUCAAACUUGCUCCAUUUUUAAAGGCUGAUGUUGUGUAUUUGAGUCCUCCUUGGGGUGGUACGCAGUAUAUGCAGGAGAAGGUGUAUAAUGUAAAAGCCCUGGAUGGAUGCAUUAACUGUGAGACGCUUAUAUCUACAGCACAGAAAAUAACAAAGGACAUAGCUAUCUUUCUGCCAAAGAAUAGUGAUUUAUAUCAGAUUAUUGAGCUAGCAGGACUAGAAAACUGUGUUGAUAUUGAAUACAGCAUAAUGGGAAACAAAGUAAAAGCAUUGACAGCAUACUUUGGUGACCUUGUAUACUGCUAAAUUGCAGCAGUAUGAAAUUUCUUGCCUCCUUUUGAUUUACUCAACAAACAUGAAAUUUUAGCUGUGUUUCUGUUUUAGGUAAAGGAAUCUUAUGUUUCCCAGGAAGUAUAUCCACAUUUAAAUACAGGAAAAACACACACAGGGUACCCCCCCCAC